AUGAAGUUCCUCGUGAAUGGAGAGGAGCUAUGCUUCGGGAUGAAGGAGUAUGCAUUGGUCACAUACCUCAAAUUUUGGAGAUUCCCUACGGUGGAAACCAUUUUCAAUCAAGUUGAAGAAUGUCCACCUUUGAGGAUAAUAAAUAUCAAACUCCUCCGCAUGGUCAAGAACAUCAACACUUUCCUCCAAUUUCCAUGGGGAAAGUUGUUCUUCAGAGCAACCCUGAAGGGUUUGAACAAGGACCUGAAACACUUUAGGUCGAUAUAUCUGGACAAGAAGAAAGCCACAGGGAAGAAGAAGAAAGAGAAGACGGUCGACGUUUCUUAUACUAGGAUGUUACAAGCGCAUGAGCCUGUCUGCACAAUGAUCACUAUGUACAAAUCCAGUAGGAAGAGCACCGCCUCUAAUCUUCACACUACCCUACAAGGCAAGAUUGUCAAAAGGAUGGAAGUGUUUGAAGAGGAGAAUAUAUUAUAUGGUGGGGAGGAGUUUGAAGAUAUGGAAGGUUCAAGCUUUUUGUCUAAUUUUUUGUACAAUUCACAUAAGAUUGAGGAGGAAGAUGUGGAUGUGCUUGUGGAGAAGAAGAAGAAGAAUGUGGUGGAGAAUAAGAAGAUCGACAAGAGGAAGGUGGUGGAGAUCUUGGAUGUGGUGGUGGAGAAGAAUAAGAAGAACGACAAGAAGAAGGUGGUGGUGGAGAAGGUUGAGGAAGACAAAGAGAAGAUUGAGGAAGACAAGGAUGAGUAUGGGAAUAAGGUGAAUGAGGAAUACAAGGAUGAGGAUGUGAAGAAGGUGAAUGAGGAAGACAAGGAUGAGGAUGUGGAGAAGGUGAAUGAGGAAGGCAAUGACGAGGAUCUGUUGGAGGAGAAGGAUGAGAAUCUGGUGAAUAAGGAAGAUUUGGAGAAGGUGAAUGUGUUGAUUGAGGAUCUAGUGAAUGAGAUGGUGGAGAAAUAUGUGAUGAAUGAGAAGAUUGAGAAAUUGAAUGAGAAGAUUGAAGAUGUGGUGAAUGAGAUGGUGGAGGAAGAUAUUGAUGAUGUGCAUAAAUUGAAUGAGAAGAUUGAGGAUGUGGUGAAUGAGAUGGUGGGAGAAGAUGUGAUGAAUGGUGAGAAGAUUGAGAUUGAGGAUGUGGUGAAUGAGAUGGUGGAGGAAGAUGAAAUGAAUUGUGAAAAGAUUGAGAAAUUGAAGGAUAAGAUUGAGAAUGUGGUGAAUGAAAUGGUGGAGAAAGAUAUGAUGAAUGGUGAGAAGAUUGAGAUUGAGGAUGUAAAGAAUGUGGAGGAUGUGCAGAAGUUGAAUGAUGUGAUGGAUAAGGUUUAUCCUUUGGUAAAUUUUGAUCCGGAACUACUAGAAGAGUUGAUGAAAGAGUUGAGGGGAAAAAAUGAGUUUAAAAUGCUGGAGCUCAAUACCGGCUCUGUAGGCUAUAGAUUCUUCAAUACAAUGCUGAUGAAAGCUAAGUGGCUCACUAAUGAGGAGAUCAAUUCCGCAUGUUUUCUACUUAGAAAAAGAGAAACAAAUUACCCUAAGACUUACACUAAGGAUUUUGCAAUCGCGGAUGGUUUAGAGGAAAGACAUAUGCUGAUGUGGAGCACGGUUAAUGAUAUUUACGUGCCACUCAACCUCGAAUUUCUGCAUUGGAUAGCGUCAACCAUAACCAAUGAGGAGUUUCCUGCUAGGGUAUCAUGGAAAUCCAAUGCAGCAACUUUCCCAGAAGAGGAAAAUGAGAAAGUUGAAACUGAAGAAUUAGAAAAUCAUAAUGAGGAAGAUAAAGAUGGAGAUACAGAAGAUGUGAAUGAUGAAGAAUCGAAGGAAAUGAAAUAUGAAGAAUCAAAUAAAAAAGAAGAAGAAUCAGAGGAAGGAAGUGAUAAGAUUGUAGUGGAAGAAAAUGAAAAGGAAGCUUUGAAAGUAGACUAA